AAAAAACUAAGAUAUUUAGUUUAAUGACUAAUGGUUAAAAAGGCCGAUGCAUAAGUAUAUAAAAAGAGAACGUUCAAAUUGUUCUUCGUACAUAGUUUUAUGUAGUGCUAGUCAAAUACAUAAGAUGACUACUAAAGUUUCAGUAAUUUUGCUCUUGUGCUUAGCUAUAUUGAAGCAAAAUGCCGCUGAAGGAAGGAAGGCUAAAACUGAUGAUCUGAUAUUUUUUGCUAAUAGUGAGUACCAUAUUGAUGAUACUUCUCUGCGUACUUGGGAGGAUGCAAGGAAACUGUGUCAAUCUCUUGACAUGGAUCUCGUCAGUAUUGAAACACCGGAAGAAAAUAACUUUCUUUUCGAAUCGCUAAAGAAACGCUAUGGUGAUGGAGCUGAAUAUUCGUUUUGGACUGCAGGAGUCAAAGAGGGGAAUGGAUGGACAUGGACAAAUACAGGGCAUCCAAUCAAGUACUUCAACUGGGCACCCGGUCAACCAGAAGAUGCUGGAGCCCGUAUAGAAAUGAUAUAUAAUUAUUCAGCUGGACUUCGCUGGUACGGGAAGCCUAAAGAUUAUGGUACUGAAGGCCUACAUGCAGUUUGUGAACUAGAUUGUGAUUUUCAUUGUUAAACGGGUUGCUGAAAACGUCGGUGUAGCUUGUAAUGUUAAUAACUAUAUCCCUUCAUUGUAACACUUAGAUAAUAAAUUAGAUAUCUGCAUUUU